AUGAAGAAAAAAAUACUGUUUUAUGGUCUUUAUUAUUAUAUUUUUUAAGGAUUGUAUUUUGCUACAAAAUUAUCUGGUAAAUAUAUAAUAUUUAUUAAUUUAUUUAAUUUUUAUUUAGCUUAAAUUAGAAUGAGUUUAGUUUAGUUUCUCUAUUAAAAAAACAUAGACUUAACCUAAAAUUAAAUAAAAAAAUCAAAUAUUGGGAAAUUAUUUGGAUUAAUAUCUAAUGAUAUUAACUAUAUUGAAGUUAACAUUUUUUAUGGAUUCUAUAUACUUUAUUUACCUAUUUAAUUUAUUAUAUCAGCUAUUAUACUUUAUUAUAGAUUUAAUGCUUUUGGAAUACUAAGUAUUGCAAUAAUAUUUAUUAUCUUACCUAUUUAGUUAUUUUUAGGAUAUAAAUAAAAGAAAAUUAUUAGUUUAAAAAAUAUAAUGACUGAUAAAAGAUUAAAUUUAAUUAAUGAAUGUGUUUAAGGAAUUAGAUUAAUUAAAAUGUAUGGUUGGGAAUAAGUGUUUAGUUAAAGAAUUGAUUAAAUAAGAAUUUAAGAAUUAAAUUUAAUUUUAAAAUAUAAUCUUUAUAGAAUUUUAGAUAAAUGUGCUUCUGUUACACUUAUUUUUCUAGGUACGUUUAUUCCUGUUUUAAUAAUUUAUAAUUAAGAUUCUGAAAUACUUUCUAGUUCUAAAAUAUAUGCAACAUUAUAAUAAUUAUAUAGUACGAAAAAUAUGAUAAUUUUUACUGGAUAUGGUAUAACUUUUUUGUAGCAACUAUAAGUUAUUUUAAAGAGAUUUAAUGAUUUUUUAAACAUUUCAAAAUAAAAAACUUAAUAAUUAAAAUAAAAUUAAAACUAUAAAAGUAUUGAAGAAAAUAUAAUUAUUGAAUUUAAAAAUUUUUAUUGCUUUUGGGAUAAAAACAAGAUGGCUUUAAAAAAUAUAAAUUUAAAAAUUUAAAAAGGAAAUAUUUAUGCAUUUAUUGGAAAAGUAGGUAGUGGAAAAAGUAGUUUAUUAUUUUCUAUUUUAGAUGAAGUUCCUUACAUUUAAGGAACUUUUAAAAAAUAAGGUUCUAUAUCUUAUGUAGAGCAAGAGCCUUAUAUAUUUACUGGUAAGUUUAAGGAUAAUAUAUUGUUUGGAGAGCCUUAUGACCAUAUUUUAUAUUAAAAAGUUUGCGAAAUAUGCUGUUUAGGAUAAGAUAUUGAAUCAUUACCAGACGCAGAUCAAACAGAAAUAGGAGAAAAGGGAGUUACUUUAAGUGGCGGAUAAAAAGCGAGGUUAUCAUUGGCUAGAGCCAUUUAUAAAAAUAGUGAUAUUUAUUUAUUAGAUGACCCAUUAAGUGCAGUUGAUACAUUGGUGGCAAAAAAAAUAUUUUAGGAUGCAAUUUUAGGGUAUUUAGGAUAAAAAAAAACUGUACUUUUAGUCACCCAUUAAAUUUAUUUUGCUUAAGAAUGCGAUUUUGUAUAUAGAUUAGAUAACGGAAAUAUUUUUUAAGAAUUAGAUUUUUAAAAAUAAAUCUAACAUUCUUUAGGAUAAUAAUAAUAAUAGUUAAUUGCAAAAAAAUAAUGCGAGCAAAAUAAUGAUAAUAAAGAAACUAUAAAAAAAUUGUUAACAAACAAAAAAUAAGAAAAAAUUAAUGUAAAUUUCUAAACAUAUUACUAAUAUUUAAAAUUUAUAAAUAAUUAUUCUUUAAUUUUGAUAACUUUCUUUUUAUAUGUUCUAAAUGAGGCUUUAUAUACACUUUUUUAUUAAUUUCUUGGUUCCUAUGAUUAAGAAAAAGAUAAAAAAUAUCUCUUUUACUCUUCAGGAACUAUCCUUAUUGCUUAUUCAAUAGUUAGCUUCUUAAAAUAUGCAUUAAGUGCUUAUUUAAUAAAUUUAGGAAAUUAUUCUUUACAUAAAAUAACUAUAGAAAAACUAAUAAAUACACAUACACAUUAUUUCGAUUAGACACCCACAGGACAAAUAAUAAAUAAAUUUUCAAAUGAUAUAGGAACAAUGGAUUUAAUGUUUAUAUAAAACCUAAUAGACAGUUUAGAAGCAUUAAUAUAAUUACUAAAUAUUGUUAUAACCAUAUGCAUAUUUAACCCUUAUAUGUUAAUUUUAUUAAUAUUUACUUUGCUUUUAUUAUUUUAUAUAUUUGGCUAUGCAAAGUAAGUACUUGUUCCAUGCAAAUAUUUUGAUCUGCUUUCUAAAAGCCCUGUUUUUUCUUUUUUUUAAUAGUCAAUGGAAGGCAUUAUACACAUCUAAAUAUAUAAUUAAAAAUAAAAUUUUAUCAAAAAAAUGAAUAUAUUAUGUAAUAAUUGUACUCGAGCUAAUUAUGCUUAUUGGAGAUUUGGACGAGCUUAUACCUUUUAUGUCUAAUAAUUUACUGCUUUUAUAAGUUUUAUAGGAUAUAUAGUUAGUAUUUAUUUAAUCAAAAAUAGUCGAGAAUUUGGAUAAACUAUAGUGUAUUUAACUAUGAUUACUGAGAUAGUUUUUGUUUUUAAUUAUACUAGUAUUAAUUUUUAAUAAGUAAUGUGUUCAGUUGAAAGGCUAAUAUAAUUAAUAAAUUUAGAAAGUGAAGGCGAAUACUAUAAAAAGCAAGAAAAUAUUAAUAAAUAAAUAAAUGCUUCCUGGAUUUAAAGAGGAGAAGUUAUUUUUGACAAUUUAUUCAUGAAAUAUCGAAAAGAUCUACCAAACAUACUUAAUGGAAUUUCAUUUAAUUUAAAACCAGGUGAAAAAGUAGCUUUUUUAGGUCGAACAGGUGCUGGAAAGUCUUCAAUUUUAUAAGCUUUAUUUAGAAUGUGUCCAGAAAUGUCAGGAAAUAUAUUUAUUGAUGGAAUAAAUACAAAAGAUUUAGGAUUACACACACUAAGAAAUCAUAUUGGAAUUAUUCCAUAGAAUCCUUUUGUUUUUGAUGGUACUAUUCGUAGAAAUAUUGAUCCUUUGGAAGAAUUUUCUGAUGAAGAAAUAUGGGAUGCUAUAAAAAAAACUGAUUUACAAGAAGUUGUAAAUAAAUUAGAAUUUGGAUUAAAUAGUUUAAUCUAAAAUUAACUUUCUGUAGGAUAAAAAUAACUUAUUUGUUUGGCUAGAGUUAUUGUUAAAAAAAGCAAAUUACUAGUUUUGGAUGAAGCUACUGCUAAUUUGGAUUUUAAAACAGACAAUUUUAUUUAAUAAGCUUUAAAAAUUUAUUUCAAGGAUAGAACUGUUAUUACUAUUGCUCAUAGAAUUAAUACUAUUGCUGAUUAUGAUAAAGUAUUUAUUAUUUCUGAUGGAUUAGUGGUUGAAAAUGAUAACCCUUUUUUACUUUUGGUAAAUAAUGUUAAUGAUAGUCAUAUUUCUAAAUCAAGUUUAUUUGCUAAUAUGGUCAAAAAUACAGGAGACUUUAAUGCUUAGGAAAUAUUUACUAUUGCUAAAAAUAAAUAUUUGAAAACAAUAUAUAAAUGA